GCGAACCCCGGCCCCUCCGCUUCCUGAUCUACGGCAAGGUGGUGGUGGUGGUGGUGGUGGGGGGGCGGAGGGGGGAUGAUGAGCCCCCGCCCCCCCCCGUCACCCCGCCGUGUAUAUAACUCGUAUGAUGAGAGGACCUUGCCGGCUUUAAAACACCGAGAUGUGGAGGAGAUGGGGGAGGAGGAGGAGGACCCAACCCCUCCACGCAGACCCCCAACCAUCAGUGAAGCGGACAAGAAGGACGCUGCGCCAGCCAUCGACGUGUUUGGCAGAGAAUUGGUUGAAAAAGUGUAUAGCAAGAAUUACUCAGAGAAGGAGUCUGGUUUAAAACACCUGUAUGAUUUAUUGGCUAAUUAUACACCUCAGGAGACUGGUGUGCGCCCUGACAGGUACAUCAGGGCCGCUGUGGUAAUGGUGCGGCGUGGUCUGCGGGACAAGGUGUUCAGUGUGGGCCAGCGCGCGGCACACACUCUGGAACACAUACUCUCCUUCGCUAUACAGCACAAAGUGUCCCGGAAGGAGGUCAGUGCCAUAUUAGACAGAGCUUUGCCAGAUCUCCUUGCUAAGACCACUGACAAUGCUCCAAGGACUCAGCAGCUCGCCUCGUCUGCUAUAUUAAAUCUUCUACAGUUCUCUCUGGAAAGGGGCGUGGGAAGCGUUGGCGUGGAGGUGACACGCCCAGUUUCCAACACAGUACACCCACGGGCGGCGCUGUGCAGGGCGGGCGUGGUGGAGGCGCAGGUGGAGGCGAUGGGCGUGGAGGGCCUGCCGAAGGAAAAGGAGAGCGGCUUCACGGUGAAACACGCCAUAGAGUUCUCGCAUUCAGCCUUCCGCCACCAAAACAAGGACGUUAGGAAGGUAGGGGAACGCCUGCUACUGCGCCUGCACGAAGCUCACCCUAUAGCAGUUAGGAGAGUGCUGCCACCGCCUGAGGAUAUACAGAGAAGGAGCGUUCACUACCGGAAUUUGCUGGACCAAAUGGACCUUAUAGAUGAAAAGCGUGAAGCCCCCGCCCCCCAGCAAGGAAGAGGGGGCUCCACUCCCCCCCACAAGAGCAGCACCCCCAACCACCCCUCCACCACUACCACACCACAGCACCAAAACUCAAGAACACACACUACUACCACCACCACCACCACUACCAUCAGCAGCACGAGGGGGGCGGUGGGCGGGGGAGAGAGUGAGAGCGAGGGAGAGUUGACCCCCAGAUUAUCUUGCCCCCCUGACGAAGAAGUGAGAGGGAGGGCGCUCUCCCGACUUAACGGCUCGUGUUUAGAUCUCUCUCAUGACCUCCCCUCUCCCAGUGACCCGGAUGACAGGACGUGUAUUUUUUGUGGUACGUAUAACCCUGUGUUCACUGACGAAGGAGGUCUAGAUCUGCAUUACUGGCGAGCGUGUCCUAUGCUCACCCGCUGCCCACACUGCAGGCAGGUGGUGGAGGUGGCCGCUCUCACUUCGCACCUCCUGGGAGAGUGCGCGUCAUCAUCACUAUACCAGAGGUGUGAGCGGUGUUGCGAGGCCAUUGCCAAGAAGGUGUUCCAGACCCACUCCUUGGCCAAGACCUGCACGCCGUGCCGUCCCGAGCCCCUAGCGAACCACUGUCCCCUCUGCCACGCCAACAUCAACCCCUGGGACGAAGGCUGGCGGGACCACCUUCUGCCGGGGCCCACUGCCUGUCCCUGCAACCCCCGCGCGUGGCCUGGAAGCAAGAAGGCCCCAGGGAACAGCGGCGCCCCCUCCCAGCCUCAGGGGGGGCGGCGGGGGGGAGGGGGGGCGCCAGGAACCCCAGGAACCCCACGAAGAAAUGUGUCAAGACGGAGGUAGAGAGAGAGAGAGAGAGAGAGAGAGAGAGAGAGAGAGAGAGAGAGAG